AGUGACAACAGUGUGGGAGAGUGUGGUGUGUGGUGCUUUAUCAACAAUUUUAAUAAUUUAUUUUGUACUAACAAAUGUUUCCGAAUUUUACUUCUUUGUGUACAUAAAUUUAAUAAAUAAUUUUAUACCAAAUUAUAUCAAGUAAUGGAUAUUGAAGAUAUUAUAACCGAGGUAUGUGACGGAGGUAUCAUACUGAUACGAUACAACAAACCCAAGAAGAAAAAUGCACUGAACUUGAACAUGUACCGUCGGGUGAUAGAUAUUCUUCAAGAAGCGUCCAGGGAUGAUAAUGUCGGUGUUGUAGUGCUAACGGGCACCGGAGACUUCUACAGCAGUGGCAAUGACCUCACAGCGGCAUUCAACUAUGAAGGAGUUUACGAUCUUUAUCCCGUAUUACGAGACUUCAUCAGAGCAUUUAUUGAAUUUCCAAAAAUACUUGUAGCAAUUGUUAAUGGGCCUGCCAUUGGCAUAGCAGCCACAACCUUACCACUUUGUGAUUUAGUAUUUGCUUCAGAAAAUUCUUACUUUUAUACUCCAUUUACAAAACUGGGUAUAGUUGCAGAAGGAUGUUCAUCAUUUACAUUUUCAAGGAUAAUGGGAGAAAGGAAGGCACUGGAAAUGUUACUAUUUAAUUACAAAAUGCCUGCUAUUGAAGCUUUACAAUGUGGUUUUGUUAAUGAGCUCUACAAACCUGAAGAAUUGCAGCACAAAGUUUGGGACAAAAUAAUUGAAGUGACUAACAUGAAAAGAGAAUCUUUGAUUGAAAGUAAAAAGCUGAUAAGGGGUCAAAUAAAAGACCAUCUGCUAGAGAUAAAUGAUAAAGAGUUAAAAACUGUAAAUGAUAUGCAUCCACUUAAAAAAAUAGGAAAAAGUAAACUUUGAAAGACAUUGUAAUAGGGUGUGAAUUUUAUGAAAUACGUCGUAUAUUAUUUCUGAGAGAUUAAAAAUAAAAAUAU